GACACAAUACCAGAUAUGAACCAACUUAGGGGAGUGGUAUGGAAAACAAUUAAGGAUUUUGUAACCAUUGAUCAUUUUUUUCAAUUACAAAAACGUGUCACGAACUCUGGGGUAAUGCUUGGUGGCAGUGCCGAUCGUUUAUGCACACCAAGCACAUCUGCUGGUCCCUUUCGAAUAUUUGCUGUUGCUGGAUUCCAAAAUAGGAGCAACGACAUUGUGUAUUGCCCCCCUAUUAUUAGACAACAAAAUCAAAAUGUUGAUGAUUCCACAGCGGUCGUUUACUUUGGCGGUGAUGUACAGGAUUUUCCAGAAAGCAUGGAAACAAACCGCGAUAGCCGAGGUUAUAUGAAAUAUAACUUGGAAAACUCCGCUAUUCUCCUGCGUGAAGCUUUUCCUCGAUCACAUAUAAUUGUCGUGCGUCCAGUGAGGAUGGAAUUUAAAACAUUUAGUUGUUUUGACAACUUUGUUCGUGGCAAUAACGCUGGCGUACCCGACCAUACACCUAUGAACCAUGCUCUUCAACAUUUGGAAAAAUUAUUGCAGAAUUUAUCCCAACGGCUUAUAUCAAUACCGGAAAAUGAAAUUUUAGACCAAGCAGCACAAGCACAGGCGGUAGCCGCAGCUUCAUUGAUAUCAUCUACGUUAUCGAAUGCAUCUUCAGAUUCAUCGUCGUCUUCAUCAAAUGCCAGUGACAGCAGCCAAGAAAUGGACAUUGAUAUUCUACAGGUUCAAGAAAAUGUCACCGUUGAUGCUGAUGGCGCCGUAAUUUUUUCUAAUUCAGCUGACUUAAAUGCUUCUUCGACUAACAAACCAGAUGCGCGUACUGAGAAUGAUUCUAAGGAAGGUGUAUUAGCUGCGCCAACUUCUAAUGUCAGCGUAUCAACCUCAUCGACAUCAUUGGUCAAUGACUCCCAGCAAAAUAUAGCCCAGCCUGGGCAGAUUGGCAAUAAAUUGCAACAUUACAAUAACAUUAAUGACAGCAACAACUGUUCUGCACAACAACAACCAAACUCAACACAAUUGCAAUCCACGCAACAGCACCAGCACAGCAACCCAUUAUGGUGGCGUGAAAGUCUUAACUUGGAUAAAUCUAAAUUGAUCCUUAUAGGCUUCAGCAAGGGCUGUGUGGUUCUCAAUCAAUUUAUUUAUGAGUUUCACUAUCUGAAAACUCUCACGCCUGAUGACAGCACCAUGGGACGUUUAUUGUCACGUAUAAGUGAUAUGUACUGGCUGGAUGGAGGUCAUGGCGGCCAGAAAAAUACGUGGAUCACAUCUAGAAGUUUGCUAGAAACUUUAACUAGAAUGGCAAUAAACAUACACGUCCAUUUAACACCUUAUCAAGUUCAGGACGAUCGGCGACCUUGGAUACGAAAAGAGGAAAAAAUAUUUACUGAUUUACUGCGGCGUUUAGGGGCACAGAUAACACGCCACUUACACUAUGACAGCCAAACAGCAAAUUUGAUGACACACUUUGAGGUACUCCAGGCAUUCUGCCAACAUAUUCAUAGCCAGAAUCAACAACUUCAGCCCGGCCAAAUCAACCAAGUUCAAGUUACAACUCAAACAAACAUACAGAAUAAUGAUCAGCCGCAUGCAACACAACUCCCACCCCAAGCCAAUGAAGAAAAGUGACAUCGUCACCAUCAUCACCGCCGACGAUCCAAUCACUAUCACCAUCACAGUUUUCACCAUAAGCUGUCGCAGAAACACAAGCCACAAAAGAUGCAGCAUCAAAAUUCGCAUCAACAACAGAAUCAUAUCUUGCACUGCAUUGCUUCUGCAGUGGCGGCCGCCUCUUCAACGUCCACCAGUGGCUUGGCAGCCGCCGCUGCUCUCAUAUCGUCAUCAACCGCAGCAGCGCUGGCUUCGGCUGCGUCCUCCUCAGUCUCUCUAUCUGCAUCAACGUCGCCGUUAGCUAGCAAUCCAAUUGUAAAUAUUAAUCAUCAGCACCAGUUUUUUAAUUAUCAGCCCUAUCAUACCACUUCGCAAAGAUUUCGUCCUAAUUACAAUAUGCUUUUGAACAGCGUCCACACACCGCUGCACACAACGCAACAUCAAACCGGGACCGCAACAAACAUGACUAACGUUUCCGUAUCCUCUAACAAUAUCACACACAACAAUCAUCAUCACAAUCACCACCAUCAUAACCAUCAGUGUAAGUCAAAACGUAAGUUACAAAAGUUGUAUUAUACUCUGUGCCGUUGAAUCUCUUCACACUUAAGUGUAAUUAAAGCAGCUACAUUUUCUGAGAUGAGGUUUGUUUAUCUUUUUUCGUCAAUUGUAAAAUGUAUAAAUAUGCAUAACAUUACAUAUUUUUUAUAUGUGUACUAACACAUUGUUUGAGUGCAAUAAGAUUUUACGAUAUUUUAUUAUUAUUUUAUACCUCAGUUCUGUUUAACAUAUAAUUAUAAUUUUCGAUCAUUCAUGUAAUAUCUCGACUUCAAUUUACAUACAGUUAUAAUUUCCUAUUAUUUUAAUCACUUCUACACCAGCACGAAUAUGUCUUGAUGAUGCUUAUGAAAACGUGUUAUAUGACUACUAAGUUUAUUAUUGUCCUCAUUGUGGGAGGCAUUGCGUAAUAACCGAGACGCCAAAGUUGAAUUGCUCCUCAACAAGGAUUCAACUUUUGAAACAUACGUACGUUAAAAAUCAUACAAGAACCCUUGCUUAAUUUACGCUUUGUUCCAAAGCAAAGAUACAGAAACCACGGUCAGAAAUUGUAUUGUGUUUUCUGAUACGCAUAGAUCUUAAGAUAAAGCUUAAAUUGACUAAGAACGAGGAUAUACCUAAAAUAACAUACAUAAAAUUAAAAAAAAAACAACAACAACAAAAGUAUUUAUAUAAUAUGUUCGUAGAGAAUAAGUGAUUAUAACAUUAAAAUCCAAAUCAGUGGUAGUGUGUAUGUAUAUGUACAUUAAUAACAGUUAUUUAAUAUACUCCAUUACCUACUGUAUUUAGGUAAACAUACUUGCAAAUAGUAUAUAGAGGAUGUAAUUAUAAAUUUGGCGAAUACAAAUAUCUAAAUGCUUACUUAAAAUAUAACUUUAAAAAAGUACCUUUUUAAAAUUA